CACGGAUUUCCCAGUCAGCCUGAAACCAAUUGGCGGAAUUUUGUCCUUGCGGCUUGUAUAAAUUAGCAAAUUUAUUCAACUUUUGGGGAAGCCGAAAGUAGGAACAGAGCAAGACGUCGGCGCUUUUUUCCCCUCUUUGCAAACCGUCGUUUCUUUCCGCUCUGUAGGAAUGCGUGCUGCAGUAAUGGAUCCUAAACACUGGGCGAAGGUCUGCAAGUGACAGGUCGCGACAUUUCUGGGCAGGGAUGAGACUCACCCCACCGCUGAGCUCAAGAUGAGAGAGUGGUGGAUCCAUGUGGGUUUGAUCUGCAUCCCGCUGGUAGCCGUCUACCUGCACAUCCCGCCCCCUCAGCUGUCACCUGCCCUGCAGAAGUGGCACAGUGCCGGAGAGGCCUUCCACUUCAGAGGCAGGGAGAUCUUCUACAGAGAUUCCUAUGGUGCUUUGGGAAGCUCCGAUGUCGUCAUUCUGCUCCAUGGCUUCCCCACCUCCAGCUUUGACUGGAACAAGAUUUGGGAGCCCCUCACGCAGCGCUUCCAUCGAGUCAUUGCCCUGGACUUCCUAGGGUUUGGCUUCAGCGACAAGCCACGACCGCACAGGUACUCCAUCUUUGAGCAGGCCAGCCUGGUGGAGGCCCUGGUGGCUCACUUGGGCCUGAGCAACCAGCGAAUUAAUGUGGUGUCCCAUGACUAUGGAGACACUGUGGCCCUGGAGCUGCUCUAUAGGAGUGACCAAAAUCGCACAGGUCACCUGACCUUUAACAGCCUGUGUCUUUCCAAUGGAGGAAUAUUCCCAGAAACACAUUACCCACGGCUGCUGCAGACGCUUCUGAAGGACUUCACUUUUCUGGCUCCAGUUCUGACACGUCUCACCAACUACAUGAUCUUCAAAAAGGGGAUUGGAGACGUGUUUGGUCCAUACACGCAGCCCACAGAUGCUGAGUUCUGGGACAUGUGGACGGGUUUACGCUACAACGACGGCAACUUAGUUUUGGACAGCAUUCUGCAGUACAUCAACCAGAGAUUAAAGCACAGAGAGCGAUGGGUGGGCGCGCUCACUUCCACCUUUGUCCCACUGCACAUGAUCUACGGACCCCUGGACCCAGUCAACCCUCAUCCCCAGUUCAUCCAUCGUUACCAGCAGCUAGUCCAGAGGUCGACAGUUACUAUCUUGGAUGAACACAUCAGCCACUACCCUCAGCUGGAAGACCCCACUGGCUUUCUCAACGCAUACUUCAAUUUUAUUCACUCUUUUUGAAGGGAAGCCAAAUGCAACAUCCAUGUUUGAAAAUGAAUCCAGAACCGUACAAGCAGUUUGGUGCUUCUGCAACACUUUUAGCGCAAAGUGAUGAAUGGUGAUUGUAACUGGGAGAAAUGCUGCAUCAGUUUCAGAUUUCAUCACAAAUGAUGGCAGCAGCCAUCCCUAAAAUGUCAGUUACUAGAACUGGAAGACAUCGGAUAUAGCUCAGCUAGAAACUUGAUUCAUUGUACUUAAUGCAGCCAACUGAAUACUUAGUUAUGCGAUUAUUGAACUCAUCUGGGACACUGUUUUGAUUCCCUCCAUUUUCUGUGAAGCCCAGCAAUCGGCUGCACUCUGAAUGGAUUUUGAUAUGAUUUUCUACAUUCCUCUUGAUGUCAAUGAAAAAUCUAAACGUCAACUUUUCUUCAAAUAAAGCUAGUUUUGUUUAAAAA